GCGCCACUCUGCCGGCCUGCCGACCUCCCCGGCGCGGCCGCGUCGCCCGGCGGGAUGGGCGGCGAGGCGGCGUCCCCCGCGGCCGUGGGCUCCGAGGGCCGCGUGAAGAGUCUGGGUCUGGUGUUCGAGGAUGAGCGCAAAGGCUGCUACUCGAGCGGCGAGACCGUGGCGGGGCACGUGCUGCUGGAGGCUGUGUCCCCGGGGCCCCAGCAGCAGCCCCGCCCUUCAUGGUCCAUCCUCACCCUGCAUCCUGGGGCAGGAACCCUCCUACUACAGCCAGGAAGACACGAGUUUCCAUUCAGCUUUCAGCUGCCUUCUGAGCCGUUGGUAACCUCCUUCACCGGGAAAUAUGGAAGUAUUCAGUACUGUGUGAGGGCGGUUCUGGAACGGCCCAAGGCCCCCGACCAGAGCGUCAGGCGAGAGCUCCAGGUGAUCAGUCACGUCGAUGUCAACACCCCAGCAUUACUAACCCCUGUAUUGAAAACGCAAGAGAAAAUGGUCGGCUGUUGGUGUUUCACUUCUGGGCCUGUCUCGCUGAGUGCCAAAAUCGAAAGAAAAGGUUACUGUAAUGGAGAAGCCAUUCCCAUCUACGCAGAAAUCGAGAACUGCUCAUCUCGGCUGAUCGUUCCCAAAGCUGCCAUUUUCCAAACCCAGACAUACCUGGCUAGCGGGAGGACAAAGACCGUCCGGCACAUGGUGGCCAACGUGCGGGGGAGCCACAUCGCGUCCGGGAGCACCGACACGUGGAACGGAAAGACCCUGAAAAUCCCGCCUGUCACCCCGUCCAUCCUGGAUUGCUGCAUCAUCAGGGUGGAUUAUUCCUUAGCUGUGUACAUUCACAUUCCUGGUGCUAAAAAGUUGAUGCUGGAGCUGCCCUUAGUCAUUGGCACAAUCCCCUACAAUGGUUUGGGCAGCAGAAACUCCAGCGUGGCCAGCCACUUCCUCAUGGACAUGAGCUGGUGGACUCUGACUCUGCCAGAACAGCCUGAAGCUCCACCGAACUACGCCGACGUGGUGUCUGAGGAGGAGUUCUCGCGGCACGUGCCUGCGUUCCCGCGCCCGGCCGGCUCCGAGGGAGACGUGUGCUGCCCGGUGUUCGCCUGCAUCCAGGAGUUCAGGUUCCAGCCCCCGCCCCUCUAUUCUGAGGUCGAUCCGCAUCCCAGUGACAUAGAGGCCCGGCCUGUCUCCUUCAUUCUCUGAACGUAUUCCAGAAAUCACUGUGUGCCCAGAUGUGCUUGCUGGGCCUUUCCUCUGGCCUUUUUUGGGGGGAAGGGGAAGAUGAACUCAAUACAAAUGAACACCGCAACGGAAGGUGUUAGCAGUGAAGGAAUGUGUGUAAAGAGGGCCCACGGGGUGGUUCUGCAAGUUCAUGUCAUGGCACGGCCGUCUGUCCUCUCAAAAGAGACUGGAGAGGUGGAAGGUCAGUGUACUGGAGUCCCGGUGGUGAUGGGGGACGCGAGGGGCCCCUGCACUGACCCGAGGGGAAGGAAUCCGUGGGGGCAGAAAAUACCACGUGAGUGUCUUUAAAGAGGUUUCUCAAAAAGGCACUGGAGUGUCCUGAGUGCUGAGGCAGCGUGGGCUCUCAGGGGAUGCCAGGGCGCACGCGAGGGCUCUGCAGGAAUCGGAAGAAGCCUGUUGGCAGGGUCCCGGGUCUCCAUGGUUUCCCACCAUAUUCCGUAACACUGAGGUCCUUUCUUGAGAUCAUGGCCUCUCUGGGUCCUAAUGAAGUAGCAUCAUUUCCACCCUUUCCGUGGCUGGGUGCUGGAAUUGGCUGUGCAGUAUACGAAGCCAAGAACAGUUCCUUGAGAGAGCCAAGAACAGCUCAAGGGGCAAGGAUGACUUGCAAUAUGAAAAUGCUUUUUGUUGAGGCCUCUACCUGUUAUCCUUUUAAGUGCUUUAACGUGAUGCAUGCUUGGUUUGCCGCGUGUCUGACCUACCUACAAGCACAUUAGAAAAAGAACUGGGGGGAAGGGUCGCAUCCACAGGAUGCCUUGAUAACUACACAGGGGACUCCUGCCAGGCCUCACUGGAGUCCCUGCUAAUUUGCAGCCUCAUCUCAUGUGUCCCCAAGUCUGCACUGGACCAAGGGACAGUGCAGUCCGAGUCUGCUCUGGACCACUGACCCAUAAAGUCAGCAUUAGCCAGAACCUUCUACAUGUAUACCAAAGGGUAUUUCAAAAUAAAUGCGAGGUCAGAAGAGGGCAGACAUUUCCAUAAAAAGACAUUAACCCCGUUCCUGUCAUGAGACUUAGGUCGGGUGGCAGUCACUGUGUUAUUCCAAUUCUUCAGUAAUUCUGCAUAAGCUGUGAUUGUUUAUUGUCUUGGUGCAAUAUUUUAUUAUCAUUUAACCUCAGGAUAUUCAGACCUACAGGAUUGUUGCUGCUAAACGUCUGAGCAGUGUCUUGCCGUCCCCUCGCCUCACAGUCACACCUCCCUUGUUUUCCCUCUAAUCUGUUGGUUUUGUGAGCUGAGAGCAUUUCUGGACACCCAGCAGAAGGCGUGAUGCCCACCCCAGAUUGGAGAGCAGCUGAGUAGUUUUCACCUUGUCCUAAAGGUCUGACUCGGACACCCUGGUGCUUCCCUUGUAGAACACUGUACCUUACUCCUCAGAACGAUGUGUUUUUCUUUCAAUCGAUAUACUCAACUGGGAAUAGAAAAGUUCUUCAAAGGUUAGAUUUUCUCUUUGAAAUGUCAUGGGCCAUCUGAUCAGGGAUGUUUCUACAGAUAGAAGGUAAAUGUGUGGUUUUCAGCCUUCUGGAUAUACCUGUCCAUAAUCAUGUGAGCGCCAUAAUCAUCAGCUUCAGUGUAAAAUAAUGUGAAUUGUAAAAUCACAAGCCUCGCCUUCCUUACAAGCCACUGUAUAAAAUGACAUUGCAAAACAUACACCAAUAAUUAAGCUACUGAAACUGUCACAAAACUUUAUCCCCUGCUUCGGUUGUUAAGUGAUUUUUUUGUUUGUUUUUAUUUUGGGGUGUGUUCUUAAACAGAUAUGUGCAUUCAAGUGCUGUCUAAACACAUUUGCUUUUACUUCAACAAAGACCAUCUUCGAUUGUUUCUGGACUUCUGAGUUACAGUUUAAGCCACCUGGCCAUCUCUGUGAUACCAAAACAAAGUGAAAGGAGCACAAUAAAGCAGCAUGGAGGAGGAGAUGCAUGGCAGGUUCCAGUGGAAGAGCACCUGCCUCCAGGAACCCUCACGUGAAGGAGGGGUCCCCUUUACUCUGAGGCUGUGAAGUGCCCCCACAAACUUGAAGCAAAGCUGAUUUUGUAGCACUGGAGAGAGGAGCUAAGGUGUGAUCUGCCUUACUGAAUUGAUGUCAGAUAUCUGACUUUAAGCAGGAGGUUGAACCUGCAUACCUUUUUAUCAUCAAGAAAUUGUUUCAUGAAUGCAAAAGAUUCUACUUUGGAGCAGAGAAAUACCUGGGAAUGAGAUCAAAAUGCAGCUGCUGUUACUUGCUUGUUUACUCCCUUGGUUUAGUUCACAAAGAAACCAUUGCCUUAGAAUUUUCUUUUUGAUGCAAAAAUCUUGAAAUUGGAAAUGUGCGUUGGAUAGCAAAAAAAAUCCUAUCACAGGCAGAACGUUCCUUUUGAUUUCUUUGUUUUGCACAUUAAAAACACAACAGGCAGGGGUUAUGUUUUCAAUAAGUUAACUAUGAAAACUUUUUUAUUUUUAUUUAAAAAUGUAACCGUUUAACCCACAGGAAAAAUAAUGAUUGUAUUUUGUACUCUUGUUUGGACCCCAUGGGUUCCUUUUGUUAAUAAAAAUAUUACAUCCAUG